UUCAGGUUGUCAGUUGGUGUGUGUCUCUGUGUGAGUGUGUGUGUCUGUGCCUCAUCACGAUGUCUGGAACUCCUGUGAUCAUGCGUCUGAUGGCGUCGGCGCACUCUGUGGCUGAGAAGGCCGGGGCCAUCGUGAGGAAGGUCAUGCACAGUGGAGACCUUGGCAUUGUGGAGAAGACGGGAGCCAACGACCUGCAGACGCUGGCAGACAGACUGGCACAGCAGAGCAUCUGUGCUUCACUGUCCAGACGCUUCCCAAAACUCACCAUCAUUGGAGAAGAGGAUCUUCCAUUUGAGGAGGUGAAGGAGGACGCCAUUGAGAAGGGCCAGGCAGAGGAGAUCCUCCAGAAGAGCUGCCCAGCAGAAUACAGUGGGCUGAAGGAGGAGGAGCUUGUUGUGUGGGUCGAUCCACUGGAUGGCACAAAGGAAUAUACUGAAGGGCUCCUGGAUAACGUGACGGUGCUGAUUGGAAUUGCAUACGGAGGCCGAGCUAUAGCAGGUGUCAUCAACCAGCCAUUCUACAACUAUCAGCUCGGAGCAGGAGCCGUUCUGGGGAGGACCAUGUGGGGAAUGCUGGGAGUGGGAGCCUUUGGAUUUCAGCUGCAGGAAGUUCCAGGUGACAGGAGGAUAGUCACCACCACCCGUUCCCACAGCAACAAGGUGGUAACGGACUGCGUAGACGCCAUGGAGCCGCAUGAAGUUGUAAGAGUGGGUGGUGCUGGAAAUAAGAUAAUUCAGCUUGUUGAGGGAAAAGCAUCAGCUUAUGUCUUCGCGAGUCCAGGAUGUAAGAAGUGGGACACCUGUGCUCCGGAGGCCAUCCUGCACGCAGUCGGAGGUAAACUGACCGACAUGCACGGGAACGCGUACUGCUACGAUGCAGAUGUGAAGCACAUGAACUCCGCCGGUGUUCUCGCGACACUGCGCAACCACGAGUACUACGCCAGCAGAGUACCACAGUCGGUGAGAGAAGCCCUGAAGCUGGACUGAGGAAACAUGAAACACUUUGGCUAACGUGUAAUUCAGCAACACACCAAUGGUAGUUCAAUCAGAAAUGAGCCGACUCAACAGUAAACACUUUGGCUAACGUGUAAUUCAGCAACACACCAAUGGUACUUCAAUCAGAAAUGAGCCGACUCAACAGCACUUCCAUUUAUUUCACUCAUGAAAUAAAGCCGUACAAAUCUCAAAACAUUGUUACUGUUUUCAACUCAUGACCAAUCGCUGUACACGGCAAAAGGCAAGAUUAUUUCAUAUUAAAUUAAAAUACACAAGUCAAAUGAUUAUCAGUGAGUUGAAAAGGAUUCACUGUACUUCAUUAAAUAACCACUAGAAGGAAACAGUGUAACAUCACCAGCAUAGUGCCGACACCAAACAUCGUGUUGACCUCUUUACAACGUUGUGUAAUGUAAUGCGAUGAAGUGCAACAGAGUUCAAUGUGAGAUAGUUUGUCUUGUAUUGUUUUUAUCAGAGGUGUCAAGUAACGAAGUACAAAUACUUUGUUACCUUACUUAAGUAGAAAUUUUGGGUUUCUAUACUUUACUGGAGUAUUUAUUUAUCAGACGACUUUUUACUUCUACUCCUUACAUUUUCACGCAAAUAUCUGUUCUUUCUACUCCUUACAUUUUAAAAAUAGCCUUGUUACUCCUAUUUCAUUUUGGCUUGUUUUCAUUCCGGUUUGUCAUCGUUCAAAAACACACACAAUGUGGCGCACGCAGCGGAUGAGGCGUGCACCACCGUCCUCGCAGCAUCCCACAUUUUUCAACAUAAAAUUUUAAUAUAACAUUAUAGUCAUAAUGGCUUUUAGAAAAAUGUUUUUUUUGGAGGAUGUGGUGUAGUGCACUAUAGGCCCCUGAGACGCGGCUUAAGAGUUUGUCCUUAAUGGGGAAAAAAAAGCCCCUUACAUUACUUUAACUUUUAUACUUUAAGUAGUUUUGAAACCUCUACUUUUACACUUUUACUUGAGUAAAAUUCUGAGUUGAUACUUCAACGUCUACAGAAGUCCUUUUAAACCCUAGUAUCGAUACUUCUACUUGAGUAAUGAAUGUGAAUACUUUUGACACCUCUGGUUUUUAUUAGUUCUUCACUUUUCUUUAAGUUUCUACAAUGUACUGUUUAUAAAGAUUGACGACAUGACAGCUCUACAAAAGUGAAGCCAAAUCAUCUCGACUGCCCCCUGGUGGCUGACUGGAGUGCAAGACAUUAACCCUGCUUUUUCUAUGUUAGCAUAGGGAUGUGGACCAAAUUAAAGUAAAAAAUUAAAUAUGUUUCUUCUCCAAA